GGGAAAGUGAAAAAUGCUGACCUUACAAAUACAACACAGUAGCUUCAUCUGUCCUAACGACAAACUCCGAAGCUUUGGCCAUGUCUUCGUGAAAACUAGCGGUGGAUUACUCACUGUAAUAUCCAAAAAGAGAGACUUUACAGAUAACAAACCAAACGAGAAACGACCCUUCUUGCAAAUCAAAGUCCCCAACACAAUCCUCGCUCGAUCUGCGAUCACUAUUCUUGGUUUAGGAUUCAUCGAUGCUGGGUAUAGUGGUGACUGGUCAAGAAUAGGUGUGCUCUCUACAGAAACAGAGGAACUACUCAAACUCGCUGCUUUUCUCGUUGUUCCUCUCUGUAUCUUUCUUGCUCUUUCUUUCUCCAAUGAAUCAACUGAUUAAAUAAGUUUCUUUUACUUGUAACAGAAUGUGACAGUUUUUUUUGUUGUACUUUGAAUAUAUGGGGAGAACUUACAUUUGAUUACAAUGAAUGAAAAUGUCACUAAAAAUUUGUUAGUGGCUUUUAAAAAUCACAAGAAGGAGAAGCGCGUCGAAAAUCCAUGAUAAGAAGAGAUGCAACACUAUGAGCAAGAGCACCCAACACUACAAACACAUGGAAUAUCUGA